CAUGUGGAAAAAGAUGCAACUUGUAACAGAUUUGAGAUUGUCUUCACCUAAACACAAAGGACAAAGGAAACUAAACUUUAUAUAAGUCCGCUUAGGAAAAGGUCUUCUUUAGUCUAUCAAAAAUCACUAUAUAAGCAAAGCAUUGCUACUACUUAAACCCUCCCUCUCUCAUAUUGUUGUUAAUUAUCUCAGAGAGAUUGCCAAAAGCUACUUUAGUUUUUGAUGAAGAUGGUGACAGAUGGUGAUGAUGAUCAACGCUCCGAGGAGGGUUUCAGAGGUGAGAAGAGAUGUCUUGAACUUCUGGCGACGUCGCUUGGCUCUUACGGUGAGGAAGAAACAAGAAGUGUACGAGUAAGAGACGAAGAGGAUAGUGUAUCUACGGAGCUUGGCAGGCGAAAGAUUGAUGAUGAAUGCAAGAAUCAACAAAACCCUACUACUUACGGUCAUGAUUAUGCUUCUUCUUCUUCUUCCUGGAGUUUGUCCUCCGUGGAGUCCAAGAAGCGUCGUGUAGUGUCCCAAGAACCCAUCAACGCAGAGCCUCUUAGGGAAGUUAAGCCUUCGGUCAGAGGAAAAAAGCCGGUCAAAAGAGAGAGAGGAGUUACACCGGAAUGGCUGGAUAAUCUGAUGAUAACAGAAAAGGGUGUGGACGCGAAGCUGGUGAUUGAUAAGAUGAUUCAGACGAGUGAUGUUAACCCAAACCAAGGACGUCUCUUGAUUCCAUUUAACCAGAUAGUGGAGAUGGACUUCUUGAACGAGGCAGAGUUGCACCUCAUAGAUGAACAUCAAAGAGAUAAUAGUAGUAACAAAGGUGUUUCUGUGAUCAUGGUCGCAUCGGAUGGUAAAAAACGGAAUGCUAAACUAAGGAGAUGGAAUAUGAACUGUCCCAAUUACGCCUUAUGUUCUGGAUGGAACCACGUCGUCCGCGAGAACAACCUCAAGGAAAAGGUAGGGCAGAUAUUUCGACUAUGGUCAUUCCACUCCCAAGAUGGGACGAAGCUCUAUCUUGCCUUCUUUCAUCAGCCUCCAGCUCUGGAUAUGGCUCAACCUCAAGCUCAAGCUCAACAUCUAGAUCAGGCUAUGCAUGCAGAUUCAUCUUCAUCCAUGACUCCUCUUGAGGCUGAACAAGAGAGGCGUGAUAGGAGGACUUCACUUGAAUCAGUCAUAGAGACCACGACAACGGUAGAUCUCGAGCUCCGGCUAGGGCCGUCUGUGGACCUAAAUAUACCAUUGGCUCCAGUACCCACGGAGAUGGCUGCUCUCGAAGCUGUACAAGACACCUCACUGGAAUCAGUCACAGAGACGACGACGGUGGACCUCGAGCUCAGGCUGUGGUUUUAACGAGAGAUUCCUUGGGAAACAGCUUUGUUAUGUGACUUAACCUUUGUUUAUUCUAGCCCUCUAUUGCCGUGUCAUGCAAGUAGUUUGUUUUUAUUUUAGGCUUUCAAAUGGAUGAUUGAAUUUUAGGAAAAUGAUAUUUCAAAAAACUGGUUUUGGUUAUGUGUUUGAGUAAAUGUUUUAAGCAUAUAGGAUCCGAAGAAACCACAAGGAUCUCGAUAUUUUGAACAUCACAAGCAAAUAAUGAUUUUUAAGUAAUGAUCAAAUGCUCACUCUAGUUUCACCACAAUGACACUCAAAAAAGAAAGAAAGUAGAGCUGUUUAAAACAAUUGAAUGUGCAUACACUUGUAUAAGAUACAGAGAUGAGACGCAUGUAAGGAAAUGGAUUUACACAAAAAUCCGAUCACCAUACACAUUCGUUGAA